CCUCGCACUAUGGAUGGACCAUCUUCUUCAUCUGUUUCAUCUCCACAUACAAUAUCAACUACCUUAACACGACGAGGUCGAGGAUUCGCUCGAGGGAUAAAGGAAUGGGGUACAGGCACUAAGAUCCAAGUAAAAUUUGAUGAUAAGUUUCAGCCGGUGGAGGAUGAUGGCAAAAAGUUGAAGGGACAAUUGGGGUUGAUCAUGCGCAGCGGGCAUAGAGUCCCACUUACAUAUCUCAGUUGGAAUGUGAUGCAUGUUGAUAUAAAGGAGAAUAUUUGGCAGGAGGUGAAGGACAACUUGGUAUACUGUCCAGAUGAAUUCAAGGAGGUUUGUAUGCGACUUUGUAGGACAUCGUGGAAAGAUCAUAAAAGCAAGACAAAGUCUAAGUAUUGGGUUCCAUUCAAGAAUGAUCCGGACAUUGCUUCUAGAGUACCUAGUAACAUAGUGCCAACCUAGUGGAGGAAACUUGUGCAAUAUUG